GAAGAUGAAGAUGAAGAUGAAGAUGAAGAUGAAGAUGAAGAUGAAGAUGAAGAUGAAGAUGACGAUGAAGAUGAAGAUGAAGAUGAAGAUGAAGAUGAAGAUGAAGAUGAAGAUGAAGAUGAAGAUGAAGAUGAAGAUGAAGAUGAAGAUGAAGAUGAAGAUGAAGAUGAAGAUGAAGAUGAAGAUGAAGAUGAAGAUGAAGAUGAAGAUGAAGAUGAAGAUGAAGAUGAAGAUGGAGAUGAAGAUGAAGAUGAAGAUGAAGAUGAAGAUGAAGAUGAAGAUGAAGAUGAAGAUGAAGAUGAA